CAUUACUUUUGUUAUUAUUGCAUAAAUCCAGUUUCAUAUUUGUCGUUAGGAUACUCAUUUAUCCAGUUUCAUUAUCCUUUUUUAGUUUCUUCGAGAUGAAAUUUUUGUCUCCCAUCUUUUCUCGAAACAGUUUUAACUAUAGUCAUGUGGUUUUGAAACAUUUGAUUACUGUUCACUUUUUAUUCCAUUUUGAUUAUUCUUUUGGCUCACUCAUGGAGGAAGGAUUGAAAGUGUUCUUUUCUCUGAAAGUGUUGAAGUUGUGUGAUUUGCUAAUAAGUUGUGUAAUAUAAGUUUGUCGAGGUUUUGAUAACUUGAGUCUAUAGGAUUACCUGCAUUUAAGUUUCAUGUGUUGCAUUUUGAGUUUAUAUUUUCAUAUUUUUCUAGUUUUUUUUAGCUGCUCUUUUUGACUUUAUGUACAUGUACAACCUGUACUCAUUCAUUUAGUAUAGACCAAGCAUUUGUCCUAAAUUUGUUUCUCCCUUCCUAGAAGUGAUAGUUUGUUUAGACAGUCCAGAGGAUUUGCAUACAUAAUGACCUAUUGGACUGUGCAGGAUCUUAAAGUUUAUAAUGUGUUAAUCCCUUGUGCACAUAGUGUUAAUCACUCGUGCGCACAAUGACAAAAUUGUAUUUGGACCCAUAUGUCGCAUAAAAAGGCGAGAGUAUACUAAUGUACAUGGACUUGUAGUUUCAUAUAGGAGUUUUGUUUUAUAUGCUGUAAAAUGCUGUUGUUAAAUUGCCAUUUGUUUCUUUCUUAUUUUCUUGUGACAGGUUUUUAGUUCAUUUCUGUAUCUUUAAGAGUCAUUUUCCUCUAGUGCUGUAUGGGUUUCAUUUCAUUUUUAUUUUUUCAUUUUGAUUUUAAUUUUGGUUUUUUUCCUGUUUGGUUGUUAACUUUUUUUUUGGUCUUGGAUUUUGACGCAGAUUGAGUUUUUUGGAAAAUUAAUUGAGAAAAAAGAUUUUUUUCUUAUUUACGGAUAGAAAUUGUUUUUUUGGUUUGAAGAUCUUCUUUUGAGACAAAUGACAUGUUUUUGUUUCCUUGAUUCAUUUUCUUUCUUUUUUGUUCCAGCUUAAUAACUAAAUUGCGACUAAUCAUUUGAACCAGGAUAUUUUCUUUGAGAGAUUUUUCUACGCGGAUACAAUAUACGGGGUGGAGUUGAGCGGUGGAGGGUCUAAAGAGGGCGCUAAGAAAUGCGGCUAGCAGGGACAAUGUGAAUUGAAUGAGGAUCAGGGGUUAAAUAAAUCGAAGUCCAAAGCUGGUGCCAGGAAGUGGAUACGCGGAUACGGGGAUACAGGGUGGACUUUAUUUCUAGCGGAGGAAAAUAUUUUUGAGAACGAAGCAUCCAUAUCGAUGUUGGAAAAUAACAAAGGCAGAGACAACAAUUCAUAAUGGAGAUUCUCUCGGCCUUGACCGUCCUCGAUGUUCGGUCGCUCCUCCUGGGGAUCGCCGUGUUUCUCGUCGUGUUGUGGUUCCUUCGUCGACCGCGGAAUCUGCCUCCCGGGCCCUGGAGCUGGCCCAUCCUGGGAAACCUCCCACAACUGACGUGGUUCGGAGGCGAGCUGCACGAGAACAUCUCCAAGCUGACUGCCAGAUACGGUAAUGUUAUGCGCAUCAACCUGCCAGGAGUAUGCAUGGUCGUUCUGCAUGGGAACGAUACGGUGAAGGAGGCCUUCUCUCGGCAGCAGCUCAGCGAGCGUCCACCCGCCUACGUGACCCAAGUGGUUGCCCCUGGGACAGGUUUCUUUUUACCUUCGGAUGGGAAAUGGACGGAGCUCCGUCGCUUGUCCAUGACUGUUCUCAGGAAACUCGGAGUGGGUAAGUCCGCGUUCGAGCAGAACAUCGUCACAGAAGCCGAUAUCUUAAUCGAGGAGUUUAAGAGACACGGCGGCCAGGCGUUCGACCCGAAGCACGCCCUUGGCAACGCCGUGUCUAACAUCAUCUGCACGGUGGUGUUCGGGAGGAGAUUUCAGUACACCGAUCCAGCGUUCGAGCAACUCCUGAAGGUCGUAGAUGUUCUUGUUUCGCAGUCGGGGGCAGGGGACAUGUUCGAAAUAUCACCCGUGUUAAAUAAGCUGGCCAUGCUCCCAGGUGUGCGCACAUAUGUCCCAAGUUUGCGCACAUAUGUCGCCAACGUGAAUAACUUCUACGGUCACAUCAACCUGCUAAUGAAAGAGCACAGCAAGGAGAAGAGCGCCGAUCAUCAUGAAGAUCUCAUUGAUGUUUUCUUGAGUGAGCGGAAAAUUAAGGAGCAACAGGGCGUGGAGAAUGCGGCCCUGCAACCGGAGAAUUUGAAGCACAUCGUCGGCGACCUGUUCGCGGCCGGGUCCGAGACCACCGCCACCACUCUCCGAUGGGGCAUGCUGUACAUGAUGGCCCAUCCUCAGAUACAAGCCCGGGUCCAGAAGGAACUGGAUGACGUCACUGGUCGCAAUCGCCUUCCCAGGAUCGCAGACAAGUCGGAGCUGCCGUACACUGAAGCAGUGUUGUGUGAGAUCCAGCGCGUUGGUACCAUCGUGCCGCUGGGUGUGGCUCACGCAACCACAGAGGAUACCGCUAUCGCCGGGUAUAACAUUCCUAAAGGAACGAUCAUCAUACCUAAUAUCUGGCACAACCACUUCGACCCGCUGGUAUGGGAAGAGCCCGAGAAAUUUCGUCCGGAGCGAUUCCUUGACGGCGAUGGCAAGUUUCGUCCCCGUGAGGAGCUCAUGCCGUUUGGAUCUGGUCGCCGCAGCUGUCUGGGAGAGCACCUGGCCAGGAUGGAGCUCUUCGUCUUCUUCACGUACCUCUUGCAUCACUUCACGAUCAAGAAACCCGACCAUGUUCCCGCCGUGUCCUUCAAAGGGACAAACGGUGUCGUGUGGGGGCCGCUGAACUUUGACAUCUGCGCCAGUGUCAGAGAAUAGAUCAUUGUUUUUUUACGAAUGGGGGCGCAAUGUGCCUAGAAAAACGCCCGAAAAAUCGUGAUUAAAAAAGUAGUUUGGUACCAAACAUUGAAAUUAUGUGAUUGUUGACUCACGACAACUUGUAAUUAACGUUAGGACGCGUCAAUAACAUUGAACUUACGUCUAUGUGCACUACACAAUGGCGUCACCCAAAGCGCCCUCUAAUGAUCAAAUAUGACAUAAAGGUCAUUGACUGAACGAGGGCUCUCUUGUGACCCCAUUUUCUGAGUCGAAACAGUAGAGAAAAGUGUAUUGAAGAAAUUUAACACCUUUAGUUUAAUAUGAAAAUAAUUAAAGACUGUAUGACGUAUUGUAACAUGUUAACUUAGGUCUAUAAGCUAGGGUUUAUGCCUCUAUGUGCCUCCCUAGAACACGGCCAGUAGGCGUAUUUUUUGGAAGCAUACAUCGUAUCUUAACCAAUCACAUCACGCACCCUAACAUGAAUAUUCAUCAUGCUGUGUGGAUGGAGGACACUUAGGUUUUCGUAGUGUAUUCCAUUCAAUUAUACUGUACUUAUUCCAACAAACAAAAAGAUUUGAUGAAAAUGGACAUGGGCCCAAACCGCGGAUCUUGCGAUCAAUAGUUCAUUCCAAUAUGCACUAGGCCACUGUGGCAGCUCGACGAAAGUCGUUCUUUGAAAUUUGAAAUGCUUUAAUGUACAUGCAUGACUGAGCGAUAGCAAUAGUGUGACGUCAUUGUUAUUUUCUCAUGAAUAAACAUCCCACUAGCUGAAUAAUCAUAACCAUUGAUAAUGCGUGCUGCAGAUAAAAACAUCGCUCACCGGCCCUAUUCAAGGCAGCCAUCUUGGAAGUGCUGGGGUAAUGUUUCCUAUGGAUACGCACGAGUAGAGCAUUAAUUGUUCAUUAAACAAUUCACAAAUCUACUAUACGGCUGAAGCAUUUAAGGGGUCUCAACAAAUAAUGAAACCCACAUAGCAUGUCAGAGUUAUCAAAGUCUGUAGUCUUGCAUAAUUUUGCUCAGAGUUAACGCUGCAUGGUAUAGCAAUGUAAUUUAUGAUUUAACUUACAGGAGCCUUUUUUCUUAUGUCAGAGGUGCGUACCUGACGGACUGACAGACUAAAGCUGGCUAUCACUGACUAAAAUCAUUGUCACUAGGUAAUUAGCCGGAUAGUGCUAUUGUAUAGGAUCACCUCAUACAUUGGACUUAAUUUGGUCCAUACUUCAUGCAUGAAAAUACUACCAGUCCAGUGAAUUACCGUUCUUAAUCAAGUGAAUAGGAUUUUGUGCGCUCUGUGAUCAGCUUUAUUAGGCUUGUCUUGUCUUAGUUUUAGCUUACUAUUUGUUAUUAACGCAAAACAUAAAGAUGUUGAUUGACUUCCUCUACGAUUCGAUUUAAUUGUAUUCGAAAAGUGCAGGAACGUCUGAUGCAAGACGCAUUUCAAAUACAGUUCCCAUGUUGCUCAUUGUAAAGCGGUCGAGACCGCGUGUAGCUUGAUACCAUGAUUUCGGGUGGUUAUAUGGCAUUUUCAUUAGCAUGUAAUUCACCCCGUAGUCUUGUUUGUGAUGUUGCAACUUUGGAACCUUUCAAGAAUCGAGAGGAUAAAGAUAUCGAUAAUGUAAUGCACAUUAGGUACAAGGGUACUCCUUUGGUGGAGAGUGGUUAUCGUAGACUUAGUAAAGUGUCUUGCCUAAGAACACACACCAUCGUGUUCCCCUAUCAGGGCUCGAACCCAUGUACAUCGAUCGCACAUGCGUUCGACAUCAUUGGACCACGAUGCUCUACACAAGGCCUACGUGAGGACUAGCGAUAUUCCAUUCCAUAUUUUUCAACAGGGCAUUAGUCUAGAUAUUUUUUGUUUUAUUUCAAAUCAACGUGUUUUGUCAAUGUUUUGACACCGAUUUUUUCACUCGGCAUGGAGUAACAUUUGACAUUCCAUUAACAACUAAAUAUUUUACUUGUAAGCAAUAAAGAAUAUGUUAUUGAACGGCAAGGGCCCCUACUAAACCCAUUCCAUAAAGUUGAUUAGAUGGAAAUAUUGUUUAGCAAAAUUGUAUGUCCACCAAAAGUUGAUACAUUGCACGAAGUUUUGACUGAUAACCAAUUUCUGCUCACCAAAUAAUUACUUCCUGAUAUAUUGUGUGUUAAAGAUGUGACGAAGCAAAAUAAAUCCACUUUUAAGCUAUAACUUAAAUAAAAGAAAAGCCAAGAGCACAACUCGAA